UCAUUAAUUCCUAUCAUUAAGUGGGAUGAGCUGUCAGACGUCGAGUCAACGUGAAUAAUAGAACAGGUAAAACCCCAACCUGUUUCUGGCCCACCUGAAGGGGAUUUGUUCGUUACUAGGCGCGGAAGAGUCGGACCUAUAAAAAGCAGUGUCCACUGGCUGAAAAUCAUCAGAUCGAAUCAGUUGAUCCUACUGAUUGAACCCUUUCCUUCGUCCGAAGCAAAUCUCUAAUCGAUUCCAAGAUGAUCAAGGCAGUGAUUGUCCUCGUCGUAGCCCUCGUGGCCCUCGCCUCAGCCUUCCCUCACGGAGGUGGAUACGGCGGUGCCGGCGGUGGAUACAACAGUGGAUACAGCGGUGGAUUCAGCAACGGUGGAUACAGCAACGGUGGCUACAACAACGGUGGAUACAACAACGGUGGUCUCGCAGGAUGGGGAAGGGAGGGUUCAUGGGGCGGUAACUCAGGAUUGGGAGGAUACCAGUCAGGAUACUACCCGUCAUCAGGAUCGUACAACGGAGGAUACAACCAGGGAUUCGGAGGAUACCAGCAACACGGACAUCAGGGAGGAUUCGGAGGAUACUAUUAGAGAAUCCUACGACCGCUGAUUGAAGACGAUGAUUUCCAGCUAUUCAUAAAAGAAACGUUCAA